AAAUCUCUCCCCGUAAUGCCCGUAACUACCGCAAUAACCAACUGAAAAAUAAAAAAAUAAAAAUGAAAAUGAAAAAUAAGAAAAAACCGCCAUGUCUGUGACAGUAGUACCUCUUUGAAAGAAGAACCAAUAACCGUCUCUUCGCCUACGAAAUCCAAAUCCUUCCGCCAUUGUUACACUUUUCGGCUUUUCUUCCAUUUUCAGCUCCCUUCUUCUCUCUUUAAUCUCCUUAUCAUGAAUCCACAUUUCAAUUCCGUCUCCAUUGCCAGUAGUAGCAGCUCUCCUCUCGACCUCACUCUUCCUUUUGAACUCCAAAUGGUCGAAACUACCAAGCGCCGCCGUCCCCGCAAGAAAAGGUCAAGAAUCGAAACCGACGACUCCACCGUCGUCACUGCCGUCGUCUCUUCCAAGGCUAAGUAUAGCAAGAAACCCGAUCCCAAUGCACCGAAGAUCACUCCUCCAUGUACUGAAUGCGGGAAGAGAUUUUGGUCGAAUAAAGCGCUUUUCGGUCACAUGAGGUGUCAUCCCGAACGUCAAUGGCGGGGGAUUAUUCCGCCGAUUAAUUUCCGUCGUCCUAUUUCGGUUUCUCCUAAUUUUAGCCCUAAUAUCGCUACUGAUUUGGUAGAAUCUUCGUUUACUGAAGAAGAUCAAGACAUCGCUAAUUGUUUGCUAAUGCUUGCAAAUGGCCCUAAUUCGAUUUCUAGGGUUUCUGAUUGUCGAUUCGAAUGCUCGAGUUGUAAGAAAGUGUUUGGAUCACAUCAAGCGCUUGGUGGACAUAGGGCAAGUCAUAAGAAUGUGAGAGGCUGUUUCGCUAUGGCAAAGAGCGAUGAAGAAACAGAAGAUGAAAUUACUCUGUUUGGGCAUUGUAGCCAUGAGAGGAGCAGUAUCAAUCUGGAGAAUAAAAUGUCGAUGAUGAUUUUAGGAACAGCAGAUCACAAGAGAUUCCAUUGGGAGAAUAAUGCAGCUACAGAAGAAGGUUUCAUUGAUUUGGAUUUGAACAUGCCUGCCCCUCUUGAAGAUGGUUCAUCUUCUUCAUAUUCUUCAAGUCUCACUCUGGAUCUCAGGUUGGGCCUUUGAAGAUAAGCUUCUUUCAUUCUUUUGUUAGGCUCUUUAUUACAAUUUGUUGAUAUGUUGUAAUUUAGGCCAUUCGUAUGCGCUGUAUCAUUCAUAUCUCUGUCUCUGGUUUUAGGGGGAAGUGUGAAUAGUAUCCUCUGUUAGCUAUACAUUUUAGGUUGACAUUUAUGAAUUUCUUAUAC